GCAAGCCACAUGCAACAAAACUGCGCCAAAAAGAUCAAAGCAAGAUACCAGGAAUUUUUAAAGUUGCAAUCUUUUAAGUGAAGAAUGAAUAAAGUUGCAAUCUUCAUGGAGUGUGUAAUAGGAUUCAAGCAUCCAUUACUCCCACGCAGCAUCUUCUUCACUUCAAGAUCCUGCUUGCAGUCCCUGGUAACUUUCCAAAAUGCGCAGAACAAGAACUGUAGAGCUUCCAGGUCCGCAUGCUGGGCUGCUGGAAACUCCUUCGAUGAUCAAAUGCCGCUUGAAAGCAGUGAAAAUGGAUCUCUUCCUCUAUUUGAGACUCUCAGCGCAGAGAUUACGCCCGAAACCACUGAUUUCUUUGUUAGUGAUGCUGAGGGCGACCCUGACUGCCCUUCUGAGGGAUUCUCUUCAGUUGGAGAAGCGCUUACUUCUUUGCGUCAAGGAAAGACUGUGAUUGUUGUGAAUGACGAAAACGAUGAUGUUGAAGGGAAUCUUGUGAUGGCUGCUUCCCAUGCCAGUGCACAGGCGAUCGCCUUCAUGAUUAAAAAUGGAUCAGGGAUUGUCUCUGUGGGAAUGAAAGGGGAGGAUCUUGAAAGGCUAAAGCUUCCUCUCAUGUCUCCUGAGAAUGAAGAUGAUGCUUCUGCUCCCUCCUUCGCGAUCACAGUGGAUGCGAAAAUAGGGACAACCACGGGUGUAUCUGCUGCAGAUAGGGCGAAAACUGUGCUUGCGUUGUCGUCUAGUAGUUCCAGGGCGGACGAUUUCAGAAGGCCAGGCCAUGUGUUUCCCCUCAAGUAUAGAAAUGGCGGGGUUCUAAGAAGACCAGGUCACACCGAGGCUUCUGUUGAUCUGGUUAUGCUGGCUGGCAGACAACCGGUAUCUGUUCUUUCAGCUAUAAUUGAUGGAGAUGAUGGUUCUAUGGCCAAAAUGCCCAUUUUAAGAAAGCUUUCUUUCGACUAUGGCAUACCUAUCAUCUCAAUAACUGAUCUGAUUAGGUACAGAAGAAAGAGAGAAAAGCUGGUUGAGAGAACUGCUAUUUCGCGUUUGCCAACGAAAUGGGGUUUGUUUCAGGCUCAUUGUUAUCGUUCGAAACUAGACACGACAGAACAUAUAGCAAUUGUUAAGGGAGACAUUGGAAAUGGUCAGGAUGUCCUAGUAAGGGUUCACUCAGAGUGUUUGACAGGUGACAUUUUUGGGUCCAGGAGAUGUGACUGUGGAAACCAGUUGGACUUGGCAAUGCAGUUGAUCGAGGAAGCCGGUAGGGGAGUGGUUGUCUAUCUGCGAGGCCACGAGGGUCGAGGCAUUGGACUGGGGCACAAACUCCAGGCCUACAACUUGCAGGACCUGGGCCAUGACACAGUAGAGGCCAAUUUAGAGCUUGGCUUUGCUGCAGAUGCCCGGGAAUAUGGAAUCGGUGCUCAGAUACUGAGGGACUUAGGAGUGCGAACGAUGCGUCUCAUGACUAACAAUCCUGACAAGUUCACUGGUUUGAAGGGCUUCGGCUUGGCAGUUGUCGGGAGAGUUCCAGUUUUAACACCCUACACAGAGGAAAACAGGAGAUAUUUGGAAACAAAAAGAACAAAGAUGGGCCAUGUGUAUGGAUCUGAUAUACAAACUCCUCAAUUCAUCAAACCGAACGAAAAGAAACAAGACCCUCCACACCAAACACAGGAAUAUUGAAACCAUAUCUUCUGAAUUUCACAUGUCUAGUCUCUCACUUUUCUUGAAAUUCAUUAUUCUGUUGUAAAUUUACUUACACAAAAUGGACUUGACAGAGAGAACAAGAAAAAUUUUCUGUUUCUGGGCUCUCA